UGGCCAGUAACUGGCUGGGUGACCACACGGACUGAUUCGUCCUAGGAUAUCUAGGCUAGGACAGGAUAUCGAGGCAAGGCGAACCUGGGUAAGCUACGUAAAAGGCUUCCUAUCUCUGACAUCGGGAAAACAAACUAAUCCUUUAUCUAACUACAGCGGACGACGUUAUCUAUCCGCAGUAGAUGACGUUAUAUAUCCACAGUGGGUGACGUUAUCUAUCCCUAGUGGAUGACGUCAUCUAUCCCUAGUGGAUGACAUUAUGCAUCCGCAGUGGGUGACGUUAUGUAUUCCCAGUGUGUGAGCGAGGAGCAGCUGGCAGGCCACUUGCGUGGAGAGGCGAGCAGCAGCAGCAGCAGCAGCAGCAGUAGGGCCGUGAUCACGCUACCUGGCCACACCUUCACUGCUCAGGCUUCAACUCUCACCCACACUUAAACACGAAAUUUAAAAACGAGUUCUUUGAUUACGCGAGAUAAUUCGAUAACUGUAUCCUUCCUGAGUAUUAUACCUGUGAAUCUACGCGUGCUAACCAAGUCUUGUAUCUUGAAAUAUAUAGUGUAUCUGGGAAAUGGCGAUGAAAAAGUUACACGUAUAAAGAAACUAGUGUGAAGACUUGAAAUUUGGUUUUUGUUUUAUGAUAAAAGCGAGCAUAUGAGGUUAUGAGGUGGUGAGAGAAUGAUACCUCGGACUCGCGUUUCGACAAACACCAAGAUAAUCCCCAGUGUGGAGGAGUGAUCACGGCUCGCAGUGUGUCAGUGUGUGUACGUGGUUGUGCCCAGUGUGAUCACGUCUUCUCUUUACCUUCAUACUUGCCUCACGUCACCGUGCCCAUUAUUUAAGGCUACAUCUCUCGAUUUACCUGGAAAAUAAACAGUUAUCAGGCUUUUCAAUAAGAUACAAAUAAUUACAUACUGCGUAGUGCCAAGAAUUAUAUAUUUGUUUUAGACACAAACUAUAAAGGAGGUAAUUUCGUUGUGACACGAGCGGAAGCUAGUGUCUCGUCAACAAGUGAUAUUAUGACAUUGGAUUUUCCAUCGGACUACUCUAGGUGUUGUCUUCGGAAAAUCCAACAGUUUUCUUUUAAUUUUAGAAAGGAGUUUGUGGUAUCAUUUCUCUCAAAUCGAGAUAAAAGAGGCCGAGAGUGAACAUGUUGAGGGAGAGUUCUGUGACCUACUCGAGCUUGCCUCAGGAUGAAGGAAGUACCUCGCCGACCACCUUCGUCACCACCCGACCCACCACCAACACACACAUCCAGCGAGACUGCUACCUCGCCGGCAUCAUCACAGCUCUGGUCAUCAUCUGCGGUCUCUCUGUGGCUGUUAUCGUGCCACUGACUCUGAAAUAUCGAACACAGGCCAGUGGACGCGGCGAGCUCUCUGGACAAUUGGUAAAACUAGUUGGUAACGUCACCCACACGCAGCAACUUGGAUCCUCAAGUAAUACUACGCAGAAAGAAGGAUCUUCAAGUAAUAUCAGCAGUACACAUCAGCAAGGAUCUUCAAGUAACCUCACCAACUACCAACAACAAGGAAAUCUUAAUACAACCAUUGCAGCAUCCGACGGUGAAACUUCGAUACAGCAAGAUUCAACCAAGAAGCCGGAGACUACGACUACUACUACUACAACGACCACCACAACCAUAACUACCACCUCUACCACCCCUACCACUCCGAAGAAGACCAUAGUGCCCUCCGGCCCACCUAAGAACCUCGGAGGAGCAGGAGCCGGACAAAGUGGGGCGACAAGCAAGCCUUCGGGAAACGCAACUGCUUCACACCAAGCUGGAGGCCAAGGCUCCGAGGGACAACAUAUCUCGAAGGCAGGAGGCUCUGCGCAGAAUGUCAGUAAGGAGGAUAUUCUCAACUCUAUCUACGGGAAGGGCGACCAUUCAACUAAGCCGUCUUCCACGAAGGGCUUAAGUGAAUGGAUGAACGAUAUGAUGGCGCGCCACGACUCGGCGACGCUGGUGGUGAUGGCGGUGGUGGUGGCUGUAGGGAGCGCGGCGGUGCUGGUGGCGGCGUCGUGGCUGGUGAUGAGGCGCGUCGCUGCCCACAGGCGACGCAUCAACAUACAGUGGGCCUCGUACUUCCUGGCCGAGAAUAAUAAGGAAUGGUGAACAACAAAGAGAGUCUUGAAUGGUCGCUCUGGCAGCGAAUAUUCAGGACAUUCCCUCAUCCUGCUCAUUCCCUGUUUUGAGGCAAAAACCACUGUCCAUAGUCGUUUAGUGCAAUCUUAUCAAAACAUCUAAGGGUGGUAUAGGCUAAAGUUUUUAUGUACAAUUCACAAUAUUCCAAAAAUUUCUAGACUUAUAAUUGUUCCCAUGUUAUGCCUACACAACCUUUGACAAUCUAAACAAAGUACUUUAUUUGGCCAAAUGGUUGAUGGCAUAUGUUGGCUUUAUUAUCCUUACAGGAAUUUCUGUUUUAACAAAUCAUGAUAAGUAAUUAUAGAUAUUUCCACCUUUAUUUUAGCCAAUGGCCUUAGAAGGGGGGGGGGUAGAAAUAGCCUAAGCUACUCUAUCCCUUUGAGAUGUAUUUAUUGCUUAUCUCAAUAAACAUACUUGAACUUGAACUUAGAUAAUCCAUUAGGAUUUGUGUAAAUGGUUCUUUCCUCACAAGUCCCAAAAGCAAACAGCAGUUUGCAAUGGAACUUUAGAACUAACCUGAUUAUGUUUGUUUUAUUGUUAGUUAUGUUAUUCAGUUGUUUACAGUUUUUAACAACGUCCCUUUCACUCAAAGCCAAUAAAUAUAUGAUACGUAAUUGUUGCUUUUCUUGAUGUCCGUCCAGUGGGGCAUCAUGUAUCAUACUUAAUACUUGCUUUCCGUAGGCAGUGAGCAACGUCACUUCAUUGGGGAACUACCUCCCAUUCAGUGGAAGAGGGACGUGUCCAUUUUCUCACAGAAAGAUGGUUCUUUUAGCAGUAACCAGUAGCUUCGUCUGUCCUCUCCUCUUCAGUCAAGGCUAAAUUAUGACAUUCGAUAAAGUUUGGAUUAAUCUUUUGUACAUUGCAAAAUGGCAUUCUAGACGUAAUGAUGAUCUCGAGUGACAGAAAGCCACUCGACCUCAUUCCUACUGAUGUAAGGCGUUUCUCGAACAUGCUCACUAUCCUACCCUCUCUUUUAUGUCAUCCAAACUGUUGUACUUGAUCUGUUGCGUCAUCUAUUGAUGCGUUGCUCGAACCUUGUGCUGUCCGGGUUAGAGGCAUGGCAUUGUUGACAAGACGAUCGUUCACACUAUGGACUGGCAGGCUUUGUGUCGUAUAUUUAUGUAUUGCUAAAUGUUUAACGUAUCAUUUAUAGGUGUAUGAAUAUGAAUAUUAUAUUUAUAUGUAUAUUACUGAUCACAUUUGCCCUGUCAGAAUGUGAUUACAGACCUUCAGACCAGAGAUAAGAUCGUCCUUCUGAACUCUGAAGAAGAAGAAGAGGAAUAGCCCAAAAUCUGCCCCAAAGUUUGACGAUGAUGAAGCGAGAAUGUGAUGAGAAAUUGUGAAUUACAAAUUAUAGCUGAAGAAGAAAUAACAGCAUAGUUAGAAUGAUGAAGGGUGAACAUUUCUAGCUGUGAAGGAAUCCUAUUGAAGAGAAUAUACGCCAAUACUGAAUCCGAAAGAAAGUUUUACUAAGUUUUACAUGCAUAAAUCAAACAAUAUCUCUCCUGGUCUGUAGAGAGUUUAAGAAAUGGUCACUCAGAAUGUUUAAACUGCACCGAGAGUAGCGUUAAAUUAAGGGUAACCUGUUAUCAGGAAAUACAACUUAUAGAGACACACGAUGAGUCACAAUAACGGGGCUGAAGAUGUAAUGACCAAACAACACAUCAGAAAAUGAAGAAACGACGACAUUUCGGUCCGUCCUGGACCAUUAUCAUGAUAAUGAUAAAUUAUAAUGACUUGAUUGCUAAAUUACAUCAAACAUUUUCUGAUGUGUAGUUUGGUUAUCACAACUUCUAGAGGUAUUUUACAUAUUACAGCUAGCAUAAUAGUGAUCUUGAGGCCAAUAUAUAUUUAUUAUAUCAAGUAGCUAUCUUAUCUUGCAAGUCGUUGGUAAUCACGUGAGUAGAGGUCAUCUGAGUUAUCUCUCUUAACAACAGCAGUAGUCCAAACUGUUGUGUGCUCUGGCUCACAGUCGCUAUCUCUUUAUUUGCUCGUCAGCUUAGAAUUUAUAUCGUAAUGAAUGAAUUAAGAUUACUUCAUAGUCGAUACGCGAUACUAUAGGAUUUUUCAUAGGCAAUGUCUAGCUAGUUUUCGAAAGGAUGUUUUACGAAUUAUUAUUGUUACGUUCAAAGAAAUGUUCUUGAAUAUUUCACAGGAACUCACUAUAUGAGGUUUCAUAGUUAUAGUCACUUAAAGAUCUUACCAGGAUGUUCAUGACUACAAUUGCAUAAAGAUCUUGUUAUGUUAUAUUUAUAUAGAACUUAUUGAUACAACCUAAGGUCAUUAUGUUAUGAUAACCACCACAUAUAUCAGAAAACUCUUGACCGCUGAGAAUUCAAACUCGGUCUGCCAUGGCCUCCAUGCCCCAUGGUGUGUCCAGUACUAUAACCACUCUGCCAAUAUACUGUACAAAUAGUCCCCAGCAUGUUGACUUGGGGACCAUUUAAGCUUGACGCACAAAUGUUGCUCAUGCGGCCCCAGCAUGAUGAAGUGAUUUGAUGAUAUAUCUAUACCCAAAAUGGUCACGAGAGAUGUCGGGUAUUAGAGGGUUGAACAACUUUCUAAUACUUUUGUACAGUCUGUUGAUCGAGUGGCUAUAGUGCUAUAGACACGCCACGAGGCAUGAGGGUUCGAAUCUCUCAGGGGUCAAGAGUUUUCUGAUGCAUGUUGGCUUGGUGACUAUUCAAGCUUGACGCAUAUAUAUAUAUAUAUAUAUAUAUAUAUAUAUAUAUAUAUAUAUAUAUAUAUAUAUAUAUAUAUAUAUAUUUGUAUAGGUUAUAUUCAAUCUCUAUUUGUAAAGGUUAUAUACAAGCUCUAUUUGUAUAGUUUAAGUUUGUUGUUAAGAUAUAGUUCUAGUCAACUUUGAAAUAUGUAACUAGAUUUUGUAGCAAUUAAAACGCUUGUCUCCUUUCA